GGCAGUUCGUCAGAUAAGGGGAGGAGUCUCUCACUGACAAGAGGGAGACUGGCUUUUUCUGAGUUUGUCAGCUCCCCCUAAAAUAGCAGUCAGCGUGUAAAUGUGAACUGAAAUUACGUUUAUCCACUGGAGCCACCGAUAUAGUGUGUCUAUAUACAGCGACUGACUUCGGAGUAAAGAUUGUGGUGCGGUCUGCCAAAGAGUGAAAGAGUGUAUACGAGAAGAGAGACUGUUGCACGAUGUGCUAGGAGAGUGGAGAAAGAAAGUGUGUUGUUUUUCUGAUAUUGCUGAGGUGUCAGAGAGACUGGAAAGGACGCAGCUAUGGGGCGGAAGAAGAUACAGAUCACCAGGAUCAUGGAUGAGAGGAACAGACAGGUUACCUUCACAAAGAGGAAGUUUGGUCUAAUGAAAAAGGCUUAUGAGCUGAGCGUACUAUGUGACUGCGAGAUAGCCCUCAUCAUUUUCAACAGCUCUAACAAACUGUUCCAGUACGCCAGCACAGACAUGGACAAAGUGUUGCUGAAAUAUACAGAGUACAACGAGCCCCAUGAGAGCAGAACCAACUCUGACAUUGUAGAGAAAUUGAGAAACAAAGGCCAUAAUGACUGUGCUAGUCCUGAUCCCGAUGACUGUUUUGGGCACAGCCCCCUCAUGGACGACCAUUUCGGCAAACUAAACGAAGAGAGUGAUUUAAUGUACAAGCGCUGUGGUCCCACAGCAUUGCCUCAGCAGAACUUCUCCAUGCAUGUGGCAGUGCCUGUAUCCAAUCCUAAUGCCAUGUACCAGCCAGGAGGGACUCUGGGCAGCCAGGCCCUGGCAGCGGCUACAGCCUCUCUGAGUGACAGUGGGAUGCUGUCCCCUCCGCAGGCCUCUCUGCACAGGAAUGUGGGCUCUAGUGGAGGCCCCCAGAGGCCCACUAGUGCAGGCAGCUCAGGGAAUGGUUUUGUUAACCCCAGGGGCUCUCCAGGCCUCCUCAGCACGCCCAGUGGCAAUGGCCUUGGUAAAGUCAUGCCCACCAAGUCUCCACCACCCCCUGGAGGGAACAUGGGAAUGGGAAGCCGCAAGCCAGACCUAAGGGUUGUUAUCCCUCCAUCUAGCAAAGGAAUGAUGCCCCCACUGAACACCCAGAGGAUAAGCAGCUCCAAUCCACCCAGGCCACUGGCCACUCCAGUAGUGUCUGUUACCACCCGCUUACCCCACAAGGGUCUGGUCUACUCAGGCAUGCAAACCUCCUACAAUCCUGCUGAGUACUCCCUGAGCAGUGCAGAGAUCUCAUCCCUACAGGGCUUCAGCUCUCCUGGGCUCUCGCUGGGCUCCAUGUCGGCAUGGCAACAACAUCAACUGGGCCAGGCAGCUCUUAAUUCUUUGGUUGGUGGAGGUCACCUACCUCAGGGCUCCAACCUCUCUAUCAACACCAGCCAGAGCAUAAACAUCAAGUCUGAGCCCAUUUCACCACCACGGGAGCGUGUCACACCUUCUGGCUUCCCCCCUCAGCAGCUACAGCAAGGGUCCAGCCGGCAGGAAGUUCUGGGACGUUCACCUGCCGACAGCCUCAGCUCCUCCUGUAGCUCUUAUGACGGCAGUGAUCGCGAAGACCACCGGGCAGACUUCCACUCCCCGCUGGGGCUGGGCAGGCCCCCCGCUGGCUCUGAGGACAGGGAGAGCCCCUCAGUCAAGCGGUUGCGCAUGGACACAUGGGUGACAUAAAGAGCAUGGAUUAGUCCUCCAGUCACCAGCCAGUCCAAGAUUGGGAGGGGUUAGACCUGGAGAUAAAAGAAAAAAAAUGAGGGUCCGUAGAGCUAUCAUCACAAAACUAUUAUUCAACUCCUUUUCAAUUUGUAAGACUGAGCGGCAAAUGUUAUAAGACAUGUCAGGACAUAUCUAAAAUACAUUUUCAAACUGAUACAAUAAACGUAAAAAAGAAAUCUCAGUUAGCUGGACUGAAUUAUAUGCACAAGCAGGUGGUAUCAGGUACUUGGUGCAAUUCAAAUAAAGUCUGAAGAAGAGAGAUGAAAGAACAUUAAGUGGUAGAUUAUUAUAGUCACUGGUCUAGUCAGACACUUACAUGUAGUUGCUGUUUUGCUGUUGUGCUUGCAAGUUGCAAACAAUCAGAGAAAGUUGCGUUGCUUUCAGGCAGAGGACCCUUAUAUACAAUGUUCACUGCAAGAACUAUCUUUUAAAAAAUCAUGUUGUAACCAUACAAGACCUUUAUCUCAAGUGGCCUCUUCUAAUUUAUUGAUUCAGUCGAUCAGGAUAUCCUAAGAACAUGAUGUUAAUUAAUAUUCACAGGUCAGCACAGUCAUUUGUGUCAUUUGCAGUCAAGACUACUUUAGUGACUACAUAAAACAGUACUGUUGGUGGUUAAAAAAAACAACAAGAAACAAAAGAAUUUAUUGCAAUAAUGAAUGACUUUAUUUUAUAAUUUAAACAAGUAGGGUAUUUAAUGUGCAAUUAAAAUAAUGAACCUGUCCAGUUGAACUGGUGAGAAAAUCUGCAUAACAGUUAACAUUUGUGUAACAGUUCAUCAGUAAUAUAAGCCAAAGCUGUUCUUUUGUGUUUGUUUUGUACAGUUGCUAUGGUUUCCUAACAGUUCACUCAGAUGCACCAGUUUUUCUUUUUGUCAUAGUUUAAUUUGUUUUUGUGUUUUAUUACAGUGUAAAGUCAUGUAAACUGAUCUUGAAUCGAUAUCUAAGCCAUGAACAUUUGCUGUUCUGUUUGUAUAAUUGAAAAUUCGAGCCAAACCUUUUCUUUGUAUGUAAAUAGCAACUUUAAUAUAUAUCAUCAGGUGUGUGAGUACAUACUGAAUGUAUUGUACAAUCACCAUUUUCAAGAAAAGUAUAUUUUUGUGGAUUACAGCCAAGUUUACAAGAGUAGACCCUUAAAAAGUAGAUUAUUCACUGGUCAAUAUUUGAUAUUCUGUUAAUUUUACCAUAAUCUCUUUAAAUUGAAUUAUGAACAUAACCUCCCACAUGUUAGUAGAUGUUUUUCUCUCUAUUAGUGAUGACUGUCUGUCCUGAAAACAUUGUAAUAACAAUGCUGUGAGGUUGAAGUUCCACUAUUUCAUAUUUGUGAAGGAUGAUCACAAGGCUAAGGGAAAUAGGGUUUCUUCCCUCCUUUUGUGUUAGCUUGUGUAAGUUGUAUACCAGCAGCUGCUGAAUACACUGCCAACAUUUAAAUCCAAGGUCCCAUGCCCAUAUUGAACAAUAAUCUAUUGUUGUUGCAUGUAGCUCAACUGAAAGACAUGCUAUCUCUAGAACCAUUUCUACUAUCCUGUUAUUGCUUCAUUGAAUUUAAGCAAAAGAAGAAAAAAAAAAAACAUAGUAGAAGUGGCUGCUGGCCUUUUUCACAAACCUGACCAUGUCUAUGCCCAUUUGUUGUAAAUAUUGCAGUCUACAGUCAUAAUUAUGUACAAAAUACUCAUGUUUUUUUUUUUUUUCUUAAUUGGCUCCAGAACCUGUAUCUUCUAUCAUUGCCCUAUUACUGGUAAAGAGUCCUGUAGGCCUAGUAACUUUAGGAGCCAGAAAAGUGGAAAUCUGAAGGCGCUGAAGUCAUGUACGCGGAAGGUGUUGGGGACACGAGGCUGAUUCGUGUUAUCACACCAUGCGGAGACAAGAAGGGAAAGAGGGCUGUGACUUGUUUUCUUCUCCAUCAUCACAGAAGCAAAUAUUUCAGCAGCUAAUUCAUUAAAACACAGUGUCAUGACUUCAAUCUCACUGCUGGAUUGCACACAUUUGUAUGAGAAGUUUGCUGUAUGAGAGAGGUAUCACUCUGCAUUCGCUGUGACUUAUCUUGUGUGUGUUUCUGAGGUUUUUCUCCUCUCCAUCAUCAGCUCCAUGGUAGUUGUCAGUAACGAUGCCUGUGAUGAACUAUGCAGUGUUUUAACAUGACAUACACAGAAAAUGAUGUCAUUACAGGUUAUAUGAAGUCCACGAAGCUUCAGGAAGGGAUGCACGGCUUGGACAUAGGAGUAUGUAGACUGUUUCACUAACCCUUAAGUGCCACGGCUGGAAGUUGCUGGACUAUAAGUUACAUAUAACACAUUUAAAGAAAUGAUUGAUUUGGAUAGCCCACAUGAAUUCCCAAUGUUCAUAUAUGUUGGCAGACAUUCUUUACGCAAUGCAUAGUAAUCCAUAUUGUAAAACACAGCAGGUGUAAAAUAGCAAUAUAAAUUACAACAACAAAACCUGCCUUCCUUGGCAGCAUCACCUCAUAGUUGAGCACAUACUUAGCACUUAAUAACAUCAGGGAAUUUUGUAGUUUCUCUAUGAUAUGCACAGUUAGGAAAUGCCUUAUCCCAAAGAAAAAUUUCACCACUAUUUUUAUUUUCAGUUUAAAAAAAAAAAAGACUAAACAAUGCAGAUUACUCAAACGUAACCAGACCUGCCUCUUCUCAGACAACUCACAAGAAAUGCACAGUGGAUGCUCUGUGAUACACUUUGCUCUUUUGGUCUAUGUUCAAAUUGUGCACAACUGAUGAAUGUGAAAGGAAAGGGUAAUCAGUGAACCUUUGUAGAGGACUUUCUUCACUUUGCCGUGCAAGAGUACACUGCUUUGCUUCAUGGCUUUUAUAAACAGAACUACGUGUUUGGUAAGUGUUUGUAGUUGAUAGUUCACUUAACUAAAGAAGCUGUUUUUUGCGGUCUGAAUGCUCAGACCGUUUGGCGGCACAAGCUGGACUUUGUUGCCAAUAAUGAAAUUAUUUGUUUCAAAAUUGAAAGAGAUUUUAAGUUAAUCUACAUUUUAUUUCCUUUGAAUGUGUUAUUUUGUUUUCAUCAUACAAUAAAUAUUCAAGUGAACUUUUUAUUAAACAAUUAAGAUACUAUGCUAGAUAUUGUUGUACAAAAUUUGUAUUCUUCACAAAAGUACAAAUAUUGGCUUUUAAUGUGUAAUUUAGGUUAUCUCUCUUAUUCUGUAUAAAAUGAAGUAAACAACUCUUACCUAGAAUUUGUUCUCCUGUGAAGUCCCAAACAGUAGAAACUGUCAACUUUAUUAACACCUCAGUGUAUGCA